AUGCAGCUUUAUCCCGUCUUCACCAGCAAAAUUUGUGAGACAUGCCACACAGCCAAGGUUGUCCAGGGCAUUAAACCUGAGCUGCAAGUGCCAAUGUGGGCUGAUGGACAUACUCAUUAUCUCCUUGGCGAGUUAUCUCAACUGAGUAAUAGACAACUGGUCAUUCCUGUGCGCUGGUUCAAACUUACAGAUAAUGGCCCUGUGUACAGUGAAGAAAUACCAGUCACACAUGACAGUAUAGCCCAAGUGAACCUUGUACAUGCUGAUCGUAGUUUAGUCCGCACAAUUGGUUUAGCCUUUGUGAUAAUGGCCUUGUCUCAACCUUACAAGUCUCAACAGGCAUGGGGGGAUGAUGUUUCAGGCAACCGUAGCAAGCAGUAUAAUGAGCACCGCAAUAUCUACUUUGCACAUGCUAAUUUACCUCAAAAAAAACUGUCACAGAAAUUCUUUCUGAUAAUCCCCAGCAAUCUGAAUUAUGUUCUCAUGUGGGGCUCAAAGGCAACUACUGGUGUCGAGUCUGUCACCUGGGCGGCACACAGCAAGAAACAGAAACAGAUCAAAUUUACCAACAACAUUUUGAACAAUGAAUUUUGUUUCAUUAUAUUCACUCAGCCAGGAGUUCCUCGUACAUCUGAAGGCACAAAGUUGGCAGUUACGCAACAGAUCAAGGUGGCUGCACUUGGCGUUCAAGAGCAAGUAACAGUUUUGCAGCGACAAACAGGUGUUAAGGACAAGCUGGCCGAAUUCUGGAUCCAGGCUCUUAUUACCAAAGCACCUUAUUUACAUUAUAUGGUACAAAACAGGAAUUACGAGCUGGUCAUCACUAUAACUCCCUCUUUGAUGUCAAAACACUUGAUGUACAUCAAGAUACACCCGUUGAAUUACUACAUACCUAUCUACUGGGACAAGACAAUGCGGUUGGAAGCCUCAUCUAUUGAUGGCCUUACUAUUCCACCUAUCCGCGCAUCAUAUAUGAUUCAGUAUCGCAAUAGCCUCAUUGGAAAGCACUUCAAAACCCUCCAACAACUUGCUGUAUUCCGCCUUGACACAGCUCUAGUGCCACCGCUGGUACAAGACUUGUGGAAAGCCACUGACAAGCUGAGGGCACUACUUGAGUGGGAUGAGAUUGACAAGAUGAACUUGUAUCUGGAUCAGGCCGACUUAGAGAUUCUGAUAGCAAAUGUUCUUGACAUCUGGACACUGAUUGACCCCAAACAGAUUUUCAUAAAAGCAAAACUACACAUCCUAUUACACAUUGUUGAAAAUGUGCGACAACAUGGACCAGCAAUUCUGUUUGCGACAGAGAUAUUUGAAUGCUUUAAUGCCAUUUUCCACAUGUCUAGUGUUCUGUCUAACCACCUUGCUCCCAGUCGGGAUAUUGCCUGGUCAUGCGCAGAUUUAGAACGGUUCAAGCAUAUUGUCAGCAGAGGUUCUUGGGUCUCCAAUAAACAAGACCAUGUGGCUGCGGGAUCCAAUGAUAUGCUCCCCAAGAAAGGCUUGAGCCUGGAGCUGCAAAAUGUCCACGCAAAAAUCAAUGUGCCUCAUUGA